AGAAUGCCACACCUGUCACCAAUAAAGUCAAUAACGAUGAUCAAAAAAAUAAAACAACAGGCGCUUUGCUUUGGUUUGGCUUAGAUCUAAAAUAAUAAAAUUUUGACAUUCGCUUAUCACUCUUCCCUGUUUCUCACUAUUUUAACGCAACAACAACGUUCAGGACGCCUUCAUCGUUCCACGAUCUCUUUCUCUCUGUUAUGUAGAGUGAAGAUUGAGAUUUUAGAUCGAUAACUCUUAAAUGCAGCUUCGAAUCUGCAGAUUUUGAGUUGCAUUUUAGGUUUAGAAUUGAAGAAUUGAUCCUUGUUGUUGUUGCCUUUGUAAAUUGGAUUAACCAUGGUGUUUUGGGAAGGUUAUGUGAGUGAUGAAGUAAUGGGGAUUUUUGCCCCUAUUGUAAUUUAUUGGUUGUACGCGGGGUUUUACCAGCUAUUGCCACCGUUGGAUGAAUAUAGAUUGCACACUAGAAAAGAGGAGGAAGAGAAGAAUUUGGUUCCGCUGUCGAAGGUGAUUAAGGGUGUGUUGCUUCAACAACUAGUCCAGGCUGUUGUUGCUCAUGCGCUCUUUUUGUUGACUUCAUCAGCUGAUGAAUCUGGAACCACAAUCCAGCCCUCUAUCCCUAUCCAAAUCGUGCAAAUCAUUAUUGGAAUGAUUGUCAUGGACACAUGGCAGUACUUUGCGCACCGUUACAUGCAUCAGAACAAAUUCUUAUACCGCCAUAUCCACUCCCAGCAUCACAGGCUAGUUGUAACUUAUGCAAUUGGGGCCCUUUAUAAUCACCCUCUCGAGGGUCUCUUGCUUGACACAGUGGGUGGUGCCAUUGCAUUCCUCGUCUCAGGAAUGACUGCACGGACAUCAGUCAUUUUCUUCUGCUUUGCUGUAGUUAAAACAGUUGAUGAUCAUUGUGGACUCUGGUUGCCUGGCAAUAUCUUCCAUAUCUUUUUCCAGAACAACACUGCUUAUCAUGACAUCCACCAUCAACUCCCAGGCACAAAGUACAAUUAUUCCCAGCCAUUCUUCUCCAUAUGGGAUAAACUUCUAGGGACUUACAUGCCAUACACUCUUGUAAACCGACCUGAAGGCGGUUUGGAGGCAAGACUGGUUAAGGACUAGUUACAGUUUGACACUUCCCCUGUAUUAUUUCAAGCUUUCACUUAACAAAGGAAUAUUUUUUGGCUGGGUUUUGCCCUUCGAGGAAAACAUGAAUUAGAAUUGUUUGUUUGACCUUGUAAGCUAGAAGCAAGUCCAUUGGGUGUUCCUUCUUUUCCUAGUCCUGCGAUGGUAUAUUUGUAUUUUUGAUAUUCUGGGUUAUCCCUGUAUGUAGCAUAUCUGUCUUUUAUUGUUUUCCA